AGCCAAGGUGGGAGGGGUGUACCUGUGCAUUGACACACCUGAGCGACGUCAGGGGCAGGUUUGAGUGACAGCCCACAGGAGUUUGCGGAAGUCCAGGCUCAGAUUGUGCCAAACUUUUGCAGGAAAGUUUUCCCACGACUCCCAAGUGUUUUUUUUUUUGGUUGGGGGAGUGGGGGUGGGGAAGAGAGAGACAGAGGGUGGAGUAAGGUGAGACAAGGUAAGGUAAGGUGGGGGUAUUGGCAGAGAGAGAGCCUUGGACAUUGCAGUCACCAGGUGUAGCUCAGUGUGCCACAGGAGGGAGGGAGGGGAGUGGGGGGGCAACUGAUUUGGGGAAAAUACAGCAGAGCAAAUUGGUAGCCGUUGAGAGGAGAGAGGGCACCACCAUGUCCAAACGGUAUUCGGACAGUGACUUGGAGAGGAAGCCCCUGUUCCUGGACGAGUCGUUUCAGGAAAUCCGGAUUACCUCUAGCAGGGAGGGGCCGGGCUCCCAGGAUCGUUCCCCGGCGGUGGCGGACAUUGGGGCGGUAUCUGGCUCCUCGCCCCCCAACAACGGCUCCUCCAGGGUGGUCCUCAGCACAGACAGCCCCGCCGCCAUGAAGCUCGGUCAACAACAGAUAAUCCCCAAUAAGUUGGCGGUGGUCAGCAAGCCCAAGGUCCGCGUGCAGCAGGCCAGCACUCUGCCCAGCAGGAAGAACAGCGGGCGGAGGGAGGUGCACAGCAUGCCGCCAUCCCAGUUCCGCUACGAGGACGGAAAGGACCAGGCAGGCCAGAGCGGCACCUUGUCACGCAACCGACGCAACAUGUCCUACAAGGUGGCGACCAGCGGCACCAACGACUUUGGAGACGAGAGGAACUCUUGCACCCUCCCUGCCUCCGUCACAGGCCUCAAGGUGCCCGAUCCAGUGGCCGUGCAGCCACCUCGCAGUCCUGGCAGGUCUAAGAGAACAAUCGGCAAGAGAAAGAUUCAGAAAGGAAGAAGCUCCUUUAAGGAUGACCCCCGACUGUACCAGCAGAUCUGGGAGCGAGGGCUGGAGAUCAUUGGCGAGUCCGACGACGACCUUCUGGAUGAUCCGGUGCCCCCUGGUCCCACCCAACCCGACCAGCGCAUUGUGGUGCAGAACUACCGACCGGUGCAAAUGACCUGGAGCCAGUUACCACAGGUCCAAGAUAAGGGGAUCCUGGAAAGUCUGACUGCAGAGGAACGUAAGAGGCAGGAGGCCAUCUUCGAGAUCAUCGUGUCCGAGUUUUCCUACCAGCACAGCCUGGACGUGCUGAUCCGCAUGUUCAAGAACUCCCAGGAGCUGCAGAAAACCAUGACAACGAUCGAGCACCACCAUCUCUUCUCCAAUAUCAGCGACGUUAAGGAAGCCAGCAAACGGUUCUUCGAGGAUCUGGAAGAGAGGCACAAGAGUGACCCUGUGAUCAACGACAUCAGUGAUAUCAUUGAGUAUCACGCCACCAAAUGUUUCGAGCCUUACGUGGUUUAUUGCUCCAAUGAGACGUACCAACAGAAGACCCUCCAGAAACUCCUCUCCUCCAAUGUGACGUUCAAGGAAAUUCUGCAACAGAUUCAGGUCAAAUCCGAUUGUGGAUCCCUCCCCAUCAUCUCCUUCCUCAUCCUCCCGAUGCAAAGAGUGACACGGCUGCCGCUGCUCAUGGAUACCAUUUGUCAGAAAACCAAUCCUAACGUACCGGAGUAUGAAUCAGCCACCCGGGCACUCAAAGCCAUCAGCAAGCUGGUUAAGCAAUGUAAUGAGGGGGCACGGAAAAUGGAGAGGAUGGAGCAGAUGUGCACCAUCCAGACACAGCUGGAGUUUGGCAAAAUUAAGGGUUUUGCUCUUAUCUCUGCUUCGCGGUGGCUGAAGAAAAGAGGAGAGCUCUCCGUGCCCUUGGAGGAUUCCGGAAUAUUCCGCAAGGGUUCCGGGAAGCAAAACUACUACCUUUUCCUCUUCAACGAUGUGCUAAUCGUCACACGGAAACGCAGUGAGGAGAACUACAUUGUGCAGAACCACGCCAAGCUGGAGAACGUGCAGGUGGAGGUCGUAGAGACCAACGAUUCCCCCAACUCCCCGCCCGGGAAGGCUGCCCUGACCGGGACCCUCCCCCGAGCGCUCCCCAACAUCAACCUCUUCAAGAUCAUCAUGACCAUCGGCCCUGAAGAGAAGGAACAGAUCGUGCUCAAUGCUGAGUCACUGAGUGACCGGGCCCGAUGGAUGGACGGUUUACAGAGCAAGCAACGUCCCGAGAAGGAUGACCUGGCCAAUAAGGAAGGUUUGCCGCAGGUGGAGGUGAUUAAGGCCUAUUGGGCCAAACAGCCGGACGAGCUUUCCCUGCAGUUGGCGGAUGUGGUCAUCGUUCUCCAGGAAGUUGACGGCUGGUACCAAGGUGAGAGGAUCCGUGAUUCUGAGCGUGGCUGGUUCCCCCAGACCUCCGCCAAGGAGAUAACUAAUCAGGCAGCAGUGCAGAAGAACGUCAAGCGAAAGCAGAGGUUGCGGUUAGAAACGGACGUGUAGGAGCUCGCGAUGCCUUGGGGCUGGCAACUGAUUUCCCCCCUCCCCCUCCUUCCUCUGGCCCGCCCCCACUUCUUGUAGUUAAAAAGGUGAACCGGCAAGUGGCACCGGGUCACAGUCAAGCGAGUCUGGUCCAUUACGGACUUGCAGUGUCAGAUUUCCACCUCCGGCCCUGAUGGUUAUCGUGGUUGCCUUCGGGUGUGUGAGAGCGAGAGAGAGGUCAGCGCUGACUUGUCCAAACUAUGUGACUGUGGGGAGUCUCUCCUCUUCCCCACUCCUCCACACACCCCAAAUCAAACCCCUUGUUGGUUUAACUUUCAUCCCUUGAAGAAAUCAACGGCUUCUCGUUACCGGGGAGAAAACAUUUUGGCAGGAACAUUUCUU